AUGUCGACUAUUGGCAAAAAACGACGUCAUCCAACAACUAGUUCACCAAAUGAUUCCGAUGAAGAUAAUUCAGAACAACCUUCAAAUUCUACCAGUCAACUAUCAAAUAAAAGACGAGGCUCUGUUGCAGCCGAUUUUGCACCUCAUCGUCUUAUUGUCAGUGAACGACAACAAAUGGCUGUACUUAAACAAUUAACAGCAGGCGAAGAAUCGAAUCCUGAAUCUCAAUCACCAUCAUCAAUAACUCCACAACCACGCCCAUCAAAAAUAAAUCGGCGUAAUGAACAUGGAGAAACGAUCGUUCAUAUUGCUGCAAGAAAAGGAGAUAUAAAACAAUUGAGAAAAGUUCUUAAAGCUGGAGCAAAUGUUAACGAACGCGAUAAUGCUGGUUGGACACCAUUACAUGAAGCUGUAACAAAAGAUCAAUUUAAAGCUGCACGUCUUCUUUUAAAAUCCGGUGCUAAUGCCAAUGCACCUGGACCCGAAGGACAAACGCCCAUUGUUGAUGCUGUUCUUAAUAGUAAUAAUAUGAUGGUUGAAUUAUUAUUAAAUUAUUCAGCUGAUUCAUCAGCUGUAGAUUCAACAGGUUUAAAUGAAACAAUGUUAAAUAUUAUAAAAGGUGAAACAUCAGUAAUUGAUUCAUCUGAUAAUGAAAAUGAUGAUGAAUCAAUUAGUUCAUUAUCACCAUUAACAAGCGAUGAUGAUUGUGAACAGCACGACAAACAAAAUUUUCAUUCAACACUGGUGGAAAAAUUGGAUAAAAAUCUCUCGCAACGUUCGAAAUUUGCCAAAAUUCAACGAAAACCUCUUGAUCGUUUCCGUGCACGUUCAUCACAAUCAUCAGAUUCAUCAACAUACAGUAAAACUCGUACAGCAAGUGGAAAUAAUGAGACAUCAUCCGGAAAAAAUCCAUAUGAUUUUGAUAGUGAAGAAGACAAUGAAAUGUGCGAAUCGACAAAUGAGACUCAUGAUGAAAAUAAGAAAAAAACAGUACGUAAACAAGAACGCUCAAAAAAACGUGCCAAUAGUGGAAGUUCAAUACCAUCCAGUGAGAGUUUGCAUAUAAAAAAACGCUCAAAUAAAAUCGAUUUAUUUAAAGAACAGCAAAAGUUUCGAUCAACAUCAGAUGAUGAACAAUUACAAAUUUACCGUGUACCACCAUUGAAAAUUGUCUUAGCUAGAGCUAUUCUUCAUAAAACAUCCGAUACUGAAAGUUUAAAUCUUUCUAAUAUGGAUAAUAACAAUUUAACUAUCGAUACAUCAUCAAUGCCAAUGAUAGAACAUAACAAAAAGCUAUUGUCGUCGAUGUCAUCCAGUAUUCCUAUUACGUCCUCAGAAAACACUGAAACAAGCCAAAAUAUAAAAGAACACGAACAUGAAGAUGAAAUCAUUAAAUUGAAUCGACAUAGAAAUUCUUCUCAUAUAUCUAAUCUCGAACAGGCUAAAAAAACUCCUCCUUCUCUUUCACAAUCUCAGUCACCGCGAUCAAUAAUAUCAACACUUCUGGAUAAAGUUAUAGCGGAGAUCGAAACCACCAAUGAUCAACAGUUAAAUUCUUUGCCGAUCAUUGAAGACGAUCAAAUGGAAGUCGACGACGAUGAUGAUGAUAAUGACGAAAAUGAUGACGAUGAUGACGAUGGUGAGCCAGGUAAUUUACAAAACAAUCUAUCAAAUAAAUCCAUUAAAAUAGACAACGAACGGUCAACAGCGAAAACAUCUUCAUCGUCAUCAUCAUCGUCAUCGUCGAAACGUGAUUUGAAACCAACAACACGAACAUUACGAUCACAUGCGCGAGCUAAAGUAAAUUCGCUAACAUUAAUACAAAGUUCAUCGAAUACAUACAAUAAUGUUCGACGUGUAUCGAGUCGUCGACGAGCAUUAGAAAAAAAGUCCUUGUUAAGUGCAAAUGAAAACGAGAAAAAACGAAAAUCAUUAUCUGAACGUUCAAAAAAAGAUAAGGAUAAUACCGCAACAAAUGAUGAUAUUCAUACAUCAAGUUAUUCAGAUGAUCAAACAACAGAGAAUACAAAUGCCGAGAAAUUAUCACAUACAGUAGCAAGUCAACAUGAUGAUGCUAGUUCAUGUUCAAGUACAGGCGCUGGUGACGGUAGUAGUACAAGUAGCUCAAUGACAAAUAAUAAACAAUCAAAUACGAAUCCCGACAUUGAUACAUUACCGCCUAAUAAACGUCGAUUACGUGAAAGAAAUACUGUUAUAUCGAGUACAUCUUUACCGUCAUCAUUAACAAACGAUGCAUCUAAUAAUUCAAACUCAACUACUAUCGCAGAUAGUUCACCAACAGAAACAAUUACAACUCGUGAAAUACCAAUUAAUAGUAUUAAACAAUUUCUUGAAAUUCGCCAACAGAUUGAUAAACGUCAUGAAACAAUGUUACAUGAAUUUGUUCUACCGAAAGUUCCAAAAGAUUUUUCCGAUACAACAAUGGCAAAGAAAAGUUAUCUUAUUGCUCCACCAAGUAGUUCCUAUUCAAUAACAACUCCAGCAUCAAUUGGUAUAAAACGUUUGACAUCACCACUUGACCUUGAUACACAUUUAGCUGAUGUUUUCACAAAGCAAGAAGAUGAAAGAUAUAAAAUGAAAUUACGCCAUCAAGUCGAAAGAGAUAAAUUAAUUCUAUCUCACGAACAAGAAGUUUUACGUUUAUAUGGAAAUGCAACACGUUCAUCAGUUAAUCAAGAUACUCCAUUAAGCUAUUGCUCGUUACUUAAAGACAAUGAAGUCUAUAAUAAUCCAUCAAUAUCAUUACCGGAAAAAUUUAUUAGUAAUGAUUGUACAAAUACAGAAUUAGGUAAACGUGGUAAACAUCGUUGGAAUGGUCGUUCAUUUAUUAAAUGGCUUGAAGAUUCAAAUCUUAAAUAUAAACGUCUUAGUUGUGAACUUAAUGAACGGCAACGUCUGGAAGUAGAUACACUUUACUCAAUACAACGUAUGGUUUGGUUAAAGCAUUUGCCAAAAGAAUCUGCUAAUUUAUCAUCAUCAUCAUCAUCGGGACGGAUAGGUUGUCUUUUAACUGAACGUUAUUUACCUAAAGUUGAAAUAAAUCCUAAUUUUUGGACAAAUUGCGAAACAAGUCCAUUUUAA